CGGUGGAUGUGCAUGUAUGACAGAGCCUGUCAAACCGCACACACGGACCGAGAGGGAAGCCGCAGACAGGCAGAAAAUCUCAAACCCUUCCAAAGAUGUCGGGCAUUGCAGCAAAGCUUCAGCACAUGAGAGAGAAGUCGCACGGCAUUGGAUCCAAUGACCACGCGGUGAAAUACCUGAACCAGGACUUUGAAGAGCUGCGGAAGAGCUGUCUGGAGAGGGGUCAGCUGUUUGAGGAUGACUGCUUCGAGCCUGUGGUCACAUCCCUGGGCUACGACGAACUUGGACCAAACUCCCACAAAGUUCGGGGGAUCACCUGGAAGAGGCCUACGGAAUUGUGCUCCGAUCCAAAAUUCAUAGUUGAAAGUGCCACCAGGACUGAUAUCUGUCAGGGUGCACUUGGUGACUGUUGGCUUCUGGCAGCCAUCGCCUCCCUGACUCUCAACAAACAGGUUCUGUCUCGUGUUGUGCCACACGACCAGAGCUUUGAGGAAAACUACGCCGGCAUCUUUCACUUUGAGUUCUGGCAGUUUGGCGAGUGGGUGGACGUGGUGGUGGAUGAUCGUUUGCCCACAAGAAACGGAGAGCUGCUGUUCGUUCACUCUGAGGAGGGCUCGGAGUUUUGGAGCGCCUUGCUGGAGAAGGCCUAUGCUAAGCUAAAUGGAUGCUACGAGGCGCUUUCUGGGGGCAGCACCACAGAGGGAUUUGAGGACUUCACUGGAGGCAUUGCCGAGAGGCAUGACCUGAGCAAUCCAGACCCCCAUCUCUUCAAAAUCAUCAAGAAGGCCUUGAGCAGAGGCUCCCUGCUGGGAUGCUCCAUUGAUAUCACCAGCGCGGCUGACUCAGAGGCCAUCACACACCGCAAGCUGGUGAAAGGCCACGCUUACUCCGUGACAGGAGCGGAGCAGGUGGAGUAUAGAGGAGAAAUGGUGCAGCUGAUCAGGAUUAGAAACCCGUGGGGUCAGGUGGAGUGGACUGGAGCUUGGAGUGACAAUUCACGCGAAUGGAGAUAUGUGAGUGACGAUGACCGGGAGAGGAUGACGAACCGCUCUGAGGACGGAGAGUUCUGGAUGUCGUUUUCUGACUUCCUGCGCCAGUAUUCCCAGCUUGAGAUCUGCAACCUCACCCCAGACGCUCUAUCGGGAGACGAUUACAAGAAAUGGGCAGAGGCGGAGUUUGAAGACACGUGGAGAAGCGGCGUGUCCGCUGGAGGCUGCAGAAACUAUCCAAACACCUUCUGGAUGAACCCCCAGUUUGUUAUUAAACUGGAUGAGGUGGAUGACGACCCUGAUGAUGGUGAGGAGGGCUGCACCGUCAUCGUUGGUCUGAUGCAGAAGGACAAGCGGCGUAGGAGGAAGAUGGGCGAGGACAUGGAGACCAUCGGGUUUGCCAUCUACGAGCUGCCUGAAGAGUACUCUGGCCAAAGGCAAGUGCACUUGAAGAAAAACUUCUUCCUGUACAGCUGCUCGGCAGCGCGAUCCGAGACGUUCAUCAACCUACGAGAAGUCUGCAACCGCUUCUGUCUUCCUCCCGGAGAGUACCUCAUCGUCCCCUCCACGUUUGAGCCCAACAAGAAUGGAGACUUCUAUGUGCGGGUGUUCUCGGAGAAACAGGCCGACUUCCAAGAGAUUGAUGAUCCCGUAGACUGCCAUGUCGAGCAGAUUCAUAUCGAUGAAGACGACAUCAGUGACAGAUUCAAGAGGCUGUUCGGGCAGCUUGCUGGAGACGAUGUAGAGAUCUCUGCGUUUGAGCUGCAGAGAAUCCUCAACAAAGUGGUGACAAGGAGAAGCGACAUCAAGACCAGUGGGUUCAGCCUGAUGACUUGCCGCAACAUGGUCAAUCUCCUGGACAAAGAUGGAAGCGGGAAGCUCGGACUGGUGGAAUUUAAGAUCUUGUGGACCAAGAUUGAGAAGCUCCUGGAUCUGUACAAAGAGAGGGACACCGACCAAAGUGGCUGUAUGAGCUCCUCUGAGAUGCGCAUGGCUGUUGACGCUGCCGGUUUCUCGCUCAACAACUCUCUGCAUCAGAUAAUUGUGGCCCGCUACAGUGAGCCAAACCUCACCAUUGACUUUGACAACUUUGUGGGCGCCCUGAUUCGCUUAGAGUCGCUCUUCAACACCUUCAAGACCCUGGACAAGGACGGAUCUGGUGAAAUAGAGCUGAACUUCAUGGAGUGGUUGAACCUGUCGAUGGUGUAGACGAAGAAUGACUGCCGAAGAAUUCAGACGUGUGCUGCAGAGUCAUUUCUGAACAUUUGUUUACUCUUUUGUUAGUUCUUACAAUGUGUGUGUGUGUGCGUGUCAAUGUGUUGGUAUAUAACAACUUAAUCAGUGUAUUUGAGCAAGAACUUAACGUAAAAUCACAAUCUACCACAAAUAAGAAUGUGUUCAUUCAUUACUGAUUAAAAAAAAGUAUCAAUUUA